AUGAACUCUUUAAUAAAAAAAUAUUUCAAUCAGAUUGCAUAUGGAAAUUUUGAACCGCCAUUAGCAAACCCAGAGAAGGUUCUAGAUGUUGGGAAUCUGAUUUUAAUAAUCUCUUAAUAUUUGAAUGAUAAAGAGUUGUUAUGCUUUAUUCAAAUUAACAAAAAAAUUAGAUAAUUAUCAAAAGAAUGCAAUCAAUUAAAUAUUAGAGUGCUCUAAAUAAGAUUAUCAAAGCAAACUCAAAUUUUAGAUAAUUACAUUCAAAAUCCUGAAUACUUAAAUACUAAGCAUAGUAGAAACUAUAUGUUUUAUAGCUUUAAUAACUUAUCUAUGGAGUAAAAGCAAUUUAUAAAAAUCCAAGACUUAUUAAAAAAAAAAAAGAAACACAACUCUGAAUCAUAAAUAUAAUUAUAAAAAUAAAGAAUAGAGUAAUAGGAGAAGCCCAUGGAAGCCCUAUAAUUUAAAUAAAUUAAUAAUUAAAAGAGUGAAGAAAAGAAAAUAGAAUUAGAAAAAUUGAUAAGUGAAGUUUAUUCUUUAUUGAGUGAUGAAGAGCAUAGGCCAUUGCCCAAACCAGCUUUUAAACUAAAUGAUAUAACUAAAAAUUUAUGUCCAAUAGUCUAAUAUUAAAGAGUUAAAUAAUUGGCAUAGAAAUUAAAAGGAUCACAACAAAGAGAUGUUAAUUAUAUCUGAAAUAAAUAAUAAUUGUAAUUAUUAAAAUGUAAAUAUAAAAAA